AUGGGUAUUGCAAUCAAAGCCGUACCCAAAGGACGCGGCGUCAGAGUCAGCAAGUCAGACCGGAAGACCUUGAUCGAUGUGCCCUUUGAGCCCGUAAAUAUCGGCCGGUCGAGUACGUCGAUAGCGCCGGAGGACGUGAUAGACCUCGGCGCGCCGGCUACUGCAGGCAGUCGCCUCAAGGUGAAAAGCGGCGCCGCCAGCAAUCGCACCUCGCCGCCGCCGCGCUCCUCUACCGGUACUCUGUACACGCCGAACCCACGACUGUAUCCGGGACCCACCGCCAACAAGAAAGGUGCAAAGAUUCGUUCCAGUGGAGGCCGUCGCAAGCGACAGAAACGCGAGCGAAAGUUCACAAAGGCAGUGCCGAACAGCCGACUGUACCGCCCUGCGCCGCCGCGACCUCCUCCUCCACAACCUCUGCCACCGGGGAUCUGGUCAACAACAGCGCCCACGCGGAACCUAGAGACAGCGUCGAAAGCAGCGUUCAAAUUACUGCAAGAGCGGCAAACACGCCCACCAUCUCUUUUUGGUGAUUUGCGGCAGCCAUCUUUGUCGCCGUUACGCGGUUCACCGACCCCGCAUACACCGAAGCCUGGGGUCGAUGCAGUGAAUAAACGCCUCGUGGUCACAUUGCCGGCAGCGUCCGGGUACGCUUGUUACAAGCCGAGGAGCGAGCGGCUACAGCUUCGUGCGAGACCCUCGCUGGGCUCCGGUUCGUCGACGCCCCCGGCCGCGCGAAUUCGGUUGAAGACCGAAGCGCGCUCGGGCAAGAUGGCCGCCACCAACAAAAACUCCACCAGUCCCGACUGUUCCGAUGGAAAUGACGCCUCGUCGGCUCCUAGCGAGUUCUUAGCAGAGUUCUUGUCAGCAAUAAUGCGGCGUCAGUACGCGGAGGCGCUGAAGUACUGCCAGCUCAUCCUGCAGUACGAGCCGCACAACGCCACCGCGCGCGGCUUCUACCCGCUGCUGCAGCACAAAGUGAACGCGCACGCCAACACGCACCGCAAAGCGCAGAAGAAAGAGGAGACGAGCUCCGAGAGUGAGGACACCAGUCCCAGAGCCCGACGUGCUUUGUCAGACGCGCAAGGCCCACAGAAGCCAGCAGAAGUGGACCCAGAGACGGAAGGCUCGGCGGACGGUUCAGGGUCUGGCGAGGAGGAGAUGGAGCAAGGCGCGGAUGGGUCGGGCUCGGCGUGCUCGUCCCUCGAGCUGGACUCCGAGCCCUCGCCCGCCUCCCCCUCGCCGCGCACCCCGCGCACGCCGCACACGCCGCGCCGCUCCGAGCGCGACACCACCGACCCCACCGACACCACCACCACCGACCCCUCGGACAGCGCAUCGUGGCGCUGGGAGAGCGGCGGCGAGCGCUCGGACCGCGACGACAACGGCAACCGGCCCGCGCCGCACACACACUCGCAUCACCAAGGUGGUGUAGACGACAAGGACGUGGAGAAUGACAACGCGCUGCUGCCGCCACACUCACAUCUCACGAGUGAGUCGAUGUCGUCGCUGCAGCGAUUGCGUGCUCAGUUCACGUGCUCAAUCAAGUGAGGUGUCCUACACAUCGCGAGGUGGGUUGUACCCACCCUGUCACCUCCGUGACCCACCCGCUCUGACUACGUCCACUCGUCCGUCUUGUUAUGUUUCAAAUAAUUUCGUUUUAGUCUUGAAUAUUUUUGUUUGUUUGUGUUAAAUGUAAAGCUAAGCGCGCUUUACCGAUUUCGAUCGUUGUAAAUGGCCAAAAAAUUAAAUCGCCUCUUUUAACCAAAUUAUCUACCAUUAAUUCAAAUCUUAUUGAAGUGAACGUAAAAUAUAUACUUAGAUACAGACACAUCAUACCUAAAUAUCCAUUUUUGUAAUAAUGUUUGUAAAAUAAUUCUAAAUCGGCCUAUCAAAAUCGGUCAUGUUUGUUAGCACGUUGUCACAAUGUAGACACAUCUCUUUUAUACCAAUUUUAUUUUCAUAAAAUAAUAUAAAUGGGCCAGUGAUGACUUGACUUUUGUAAUUGUAGAUAUAUAAGUUAAUAGUAUGUCAGCACCUUAAAAGUUUACAUCUUUAAUUAUUAGAAAUCAUGUUCUGAGUCGUCUGGUACUUAGUUUCGUAGCAACUCUUCGCCUUACAUCGUUUCAACUCUCUUGCCCUUUUACUUGAAUGAUCGAGUGCCAGGACUUUUACCUACUAGCACCUAAACCCAACUCCAUAGUUUCUUACUAUAGGUACUUACAAGUAGCUAUGGUAUCAUUAUCUGACAAAUUUUCAAUAUAUAAAGAAUUACGAAAGUCUGGCCAAAACAGGUCCUCACUCUUAAAUAAUAAUAGAUCAGAAUUAGGGUUUUGUAUAAUAAUAUAGGCCUAUCGAAGGCCCCUGACAUCUAAAAUAUGAAAUUAAUGGAAUUGUUAAUAAAUUGCCUACGUAAUGUUAUCUGAUGUUUUUACUUUAUUUUUAUAUGGCUUACUAAAUAAAUGGUACUAAAUAACUUUCAACAAUAUUUAGACUAAUUAAUAGUUUAGCGUCAGACCAGAUACAUCUUAUAUUUUACUAUUAAGAGACCUAUAAUCCCUGUACUGUGCUAUUUUUAACCCUAUUAGUUAAAUUUUGAGAUGCUAAGUAAUUUCAUAGUACUAGUAGGACACAACCUUAAACACAAUACGUCUAUAUACUAAAUUAUUGGAGUAAUCGUUGAUUUGAUUGAAUAAUUGAUAUGAUUGAUUAUUAUUUUUACUAUCUUAUCGUAUUAAUGAUUAGUUUAUUGAUUAUUUUAAAGGUUUAAAGAGAUAAUAAGCUACAAGACUUAUUUUAUCACUGAAUAAAAAACGGAGUCUCCUGAGUAUGAGUAUAUACCUAUUAUGAUGUAUUCGGAUGUAAAAAAAAACCUCUUUAUAUUGAUGUAUUAUCUAGUAAGACUAAGUAGUCGAAGAUGUACAAUCGGUUCAAGGACCGAUUAAUGCACCACAUCGCAGACUAAAAUGUAAUGUGCGUAAAUCUUUAUCAAUAUAAAUGUUGUUGAAUUUAACUCCUAGUAAAGUGGACCUAACUACGCCGCGGCGGCGUACUACCGUCGCCGAUGGUACAUAUCUGUGUGUUACUAUUACUGUAUCGUAGGUUACUGUUACUGCACAAGUUAGUUAAGAGUUACUUUGUGUAGUAAGACUUUUUACGGCUGCAUACAGUGGGCGAGUCGAGUAGACUUAACAGUUGAAUUCAUAGGCGUUGUAGGGACACCCCCAGGGGAUCAUUAACUCGUUGAGUGUCAAAUUCCCAAACAAAUAGAGGAUAAUUUCGACACUCAGCGGCUGAAUGAUCCCCUGGGGGUACCCCUAUAACGUCUAUGAAUUCCUCUGUAAGAAACAUCACUGUCAACUUUGUAUUAGGGUUCGUUAAUAGUUGGGAGAAGCAGAAACCUGCUUGUUGUUGCAACUAAUUUUAUCAACAAGUGCAACUUGCAACUAGAGUGGCGACAUCUGUGCAGAGUAAAGUUAUAAAAUUGCAACUUAGACCAGUCAAUGUUAUUAUGCAGGUACCGUAGCAGAGUUCUUACUAAUUGCUUGUCGAAUCUCAAAGUUGUUGUUACCCCUACUGCUGUCAACGAUGUCACGACAAAAUAGCAUCGAAGUCUUAUAAACUUGACAAAGUAGGUAAGUUGUAAUCAAACUACAGGAGGUCUAUUCUGCAACGAUGUUUUGUAUAACUCGCACGUGCGUGUUUCGAAUUCACCUCUUUCUGUCUCUUUCUCUACUAUCGUGAUAGACAGAGAGAGAUAGAGAUGAAUUCGAAGCUCGCACUUGCGAUACAAACAACGUUACAGAAUAGCCCAGCUGGUUUGUAUUGACGUAACAUCGUAGGCCCGUAGCCUCGUAGACAGGAGCUACGCACCUUUAUAGUAAACAGAUGCUUUGUGUCCAAUAAAAUAAUAUUGAUUGAUAUACACAUGGUGUGAAUCUAAUACGAAUCUAUGAUAGUGCCUAUCAUAGUUCAGUAAAGUAAGCAACCACGAGUUGGGGACCAUGGUGGCUAUGAGAGUUUGCAUAUUGUCGUCGCAAGUGUCGAACAUUUACGAAUAUGUUAUAUUUUCUUCGGAAAAAUAUGUGGAGUAACCGCCCUACUAGACAGUAGACACUUCUUAGUUCCUAGCGUCGUACUAUACAUCCAUCCGCUAAAAGUGCAAUCUUCAACAGUGGUUUUGAUGGGACGGUUGCAAUGAUGUUAGAAGAAAAGAGCUAGAUAGAUAUGCGGAUUGCAAGUGACACGCUAAAACUAUGCUGUGUGCCUAGUGGGAGUUUUUAAUAUUUCCAUACUGUUACUAUCACGUUGACGUUUACGCAAAUUUAUAUGGAAUUGAGACAGUUGUGCAGUAGUGCCACUAGAUGGCGCUGUUUCAAUUCCUUUGAAAUUCGCGUUUACGUUACGUGACGUUAACAGUAUCAAACUGCCACUAGGCCCUCUGAUUAGCAAACCUAAGCUCAGUCGCCGCCAUAGAUGAUACAUUAUAUGUCGCCGCACUGUCUUCGCGCUGUUGACAACGCCGGUGAAAUUAUUUUUAUGUGCCAACUGCCACUUGUAAACAUCGAAUGUGGUUUAUGUAACCUCUUUUUUUCUUCUAACAUCAUUAGGACGGUUGCUAAUAUAACUACGUAUUUUAUGCUUGGGUGAUUGAAGGUUUGGAGCUUUGUAACUUGCUAUUUUUCAAAGCCACGAUCACAAGCAAGCACUACAUUAGACUCGUCCACUGUUUGCAGCGGCUUCAUAAAAAUGUAUUGACUGUACCAACUUGAAUUAGAAAUUAAACGAUUAAAUGUAAUAGUACCUACACUGUGGCGGUCUCCCCCACGCAAUAUCUCACGUACCUAUUUAAUAUAAAAAAGUUUUAUGAAAUAUUUGCUCAUCUAGUUAUGUUAGUCAAAUUACCAAAUCCAAAACUGUUUAAAGCAAAUUAACUCACUUCACAAGUUCGGAAAAGUUUUGUUUGCAGCGCGGAAACAUCGUGUAUAAUUUAAAACUUAUCGGCUAGCGUAGAAAAAUAUUUUAAAUUUUGAACACGACGAACAACGUAACUUUUAAAUAUGGCCGUUUUCUCUUUGUCUUCGUUGUUAGUGUCUUUGUGAGUUUUCUGUUAUGUUAUCCAUUUGCUGUUUGUCAGUAAAUAAAAUAUAUUAACUUUCGCAACCUGAGCUUUUUCCGUAUUUUAUAAUUAUUACAUAAAUAAUACCUACCAGUUUAUUUUUUUUGCGUAUAUCUACCUACGUUUCACCAAUUUCACAAAGAUUAAGAUUUAAGUCCGCCACUGUGUUGGUACCUAGAGAUAGAGAGUAUUAUUGUAACUAUUACUUGUAGGCACGCGCGCCAUUUCUUCGCUCCGUCUGAUUGAUGAUGAAAAAAAACAAACUAGUAAUUGAUCUUACAGUAACCUACAUUAGGUAUUUGGACUAUUUGGAACAGUAUCUAAUAUCGUAAGACCUGAAACUGAUUCGAAUACCUAACUGCUACAGUUCCAUUAGGAAACCUAAAACAAAUAUACCUUUUACAAUAGAUACAAGAUAAUACAAAACAGACGGAGCGAAAAUGAAAUGUCAAACUGCCUCCGCUAUCGCAGUGUCUUGUGACAUCGCUUUACGGUCCGGGGUUCGCUGCGUUCAUUUUCCAUAUCCAGGCACCAUUUAGUAAACAUAUACCUUGAAUAUAAGAGACAUGUUAAAAAAACCUUAUUUAGGUAUCUAAAUACUACAAUCAAGGUGACACACAGUUAUUCUAUGUUUAUGGAGGGUAGAGGUAAUGUUAACGAGAAGUUUUUGUUAAAAACUGUGUGCUGUAAACGAUGAAAUUGUGGAAAUUUGACCGGAAAGGUGAGAACUCAUCUUUAUAUACACGUAUAAAAGAAAGUCAAAUUUGUUACAACACUUAUAACUCGAGAUUUUCAUGGUUUUUGAUUCGUUGGAUUUGUCUCCGCUCCAAAUAGCAGAAUACAUCUUACAAACAAUGAAAAAUGAAUUCAGGGGUAGGAUGGGGUAGGGUAGGGUAGGGGUAGGGUGAUGGUAGGGUUGGGAUAGAGAAGAAGUAAACAUAAUACAAAGCGAAACUUAACCGGGUUCGCUAGUUAAUAACAAUGUGAGGAUUAGAAGUAUUUGUUAAUGAACUUAGAGAGAGUGAAGUAAAUAUGCAGAGUAAAUAUGCAGAGUAACUUUUACCUUCCAUAGUCCGAAUAUAUAAUUAUAGAAUGGGCGUAGACUAUAGAUCGAUUCUCUAAUAUCUACCUAUAACGUAAUAAUUGUAAGUUGAUUUAGGUUUCUUUAUCCAAUUAAAUAAGUUUACCUACUUGAUAAAAACAAUAGUAGGUACACUUAGGGUAACGCAACGAAUCCCGCAAUACCUAUUCGCGAUAGUGCAAUCGUUUUGUAUGAGCUGAGUGCAACGAGAAGACUGAAUGAAGUGUUGACUUGUUUUUAGAACAACCGAUUCUUUUCGAUAUCGUCGACGCGUGCGCACCUCUAGUAGCUAUUAAGCCCUAAUACGUCUCCAUAAACAAACUGGUUACCUAUGUAUUUAUGUAAUGUACCUACAUUUAUCAAGAUAAAAAAAACAAAAUUCAUUCAAAUAUUUCAUUUAGGCUUAGUUUACAAGCACUUUUGAAACGUCAAGUUAUGUCAUGAUUUAAUGGUGAUAAUUAAAGUCGAAAACUUAAAAUUAGGUUUACGAGGGUUCCAAAGCGCCUCGGUUCGAGAAGAUCACAAAAGAAACUCAGUCAACUCAGAUCUUUAAACACAUGCAAAAAUCAUUAACUUAAGGCGGAUUAACAUUUGUCUGUCGUGUCAUUUGUUUGUGUGACGUCAGACAAUUAUAAAUCCGGCUUUACACACACCUUUCGUAAUCAAUCAUAUUGCCUUGAAUAUCUUUCUUUUCUGAAAACAUUACUGAUGGAAGUCAAUAUCUUUUUUAUAUCCAAUAACUGUCAAUGGGCGCUGUUCUUUUUAAAUGUCAUAAUAAAUGUUAAAAGGUCAUCACAUCAUUUAUCUGACUCGUUCUUCUUACCCUGGUCGUAAAAUCUGUGCAUGCGACUGUAUUCAAUUAUCUGCUUAGAGGUGCGCUACGUUGUCAACUGUUCCUUAAUAUAUCUACAUUUAUAUAGAUUUAAGCGUGACGUAGCCAAAGGCUUAGUUGUUUGAACUUAUAUUUGAGUAGCUCUGUAUUUUAAUACCAAUGAACACAGCCAUGGAAUAUUACUUUUCCUAUUCCUUGCUUAUUGUUCCUUGUCAGCUAAUCUAGCAAGGAAUAGGAAUAAUCUGCUAUAUACCAGGAGGGGUUAAAAUGUGAUCAACAGCAUAUAAGUAUCUGCUGUAUAAUUUGUGCUGACAUAAGGGAUCAUAUGUGCAUUUUAAUCGGAUAAGCUGUGUGCAUUGGUCCUUAUAGCGCCGAUUUUAAACACUGUUUGUAACUAUAAAAUUUACUACCUAAGUAUUUAAAAGGAAUUUGAAACAUUGUGUGACAUUUGGGAUAGUAUUGUAUCAUUUUCUUGUAUUUGAAAUGAAUGUCAAAAUGUAAAGUAUUAAAUAUUGAUUAUUGUAAUUAAUAUAUUUCUUAUAAUAUUUUUGUUGUAUCUAGAUGAAAUAUUAAAAUUUGGUGUGACCGCACUGAUAUUUUAUUUCCUAAAUCGUUAACAAUUCCCUUCACAAUUAUAAUCUAUACUAAUAUUAUAAAUCUGUAGAGUUUGUUUGAACACUCUAAUCUCUGGAACAAUUCUUUCAGUGUUAAACAGCCCAUUUUUCGAGGAUGGCUAUAGGCUAUAUUAUCCCCGUAUUCCUACGGGAACGGGAACCACGCGGGUGAGACCGCGCGGCGUCAGCUAAUAAUAUCAUAAUCGUCGUAUCAGACGUCCACUGCAGGAUAUAGUCCUUUUAUAGGGACUUCCAAACAUCACGAUACUGAGCCGCCUCCAGCGAAUACCUGCGACUCGCUUGAUUUCAAUAAUAUGAUAAAAUGUGCAGACAUCAGCCUUUGAUUAACGAGAACUGUUAAAUACUGGAAUAGGAAGAUAAAACGUAUCAACCAAAUAAAAAAAAUAGAUGAGUUUUUGACAAACCUAAUCUCAAAGGCAAGUUUGAGGUGUUACGCAGAAAUGUGGGAAUGGUGGCAGCACCUCUAGUUAGAGCAUCCAACUCUUGUAGUCCGAUGGGUAUUAGACAUGGACACAAGUGGAGAGAUACAUAGACCAUCAAAUAAGGGUAAAAAUUGCUUCUUCGUAUUACCUAAGUAGGGGCCUAAUUGUCUAACGCAAACGAUUGAAUUUGACAGUUGAAAUCGUACGUUUUUACUUGUCAAACGGCUAUUUCGGAUUGUGUAAGCCAAUGGAAAGCCAUCGGUUGGGCAUAGUUAGUUCAUUACGAUUAGAUCGUUAUUUUUAUACGAAGAGUGAAUGAUUUGUUAAGAUUUGACAGUUAUUUGCGAUUGUCUUCGAAUUGUGUAAAGUUUUAUGUUCAUGGCUUAUGUCAAAAACUUACGAUGGGUCUUGAGUCACCUUUGAUCGUAAAACGGACAAAUUGUGGAUGUCCAAAAUUCCAAAAUAAUAAUUUAUAUUUUAUUAAAUAUCUAAAAUUAAUAUUUUUUUCCAUUCUAAAUCUCUCAAUUCAGUCUCUCCGUCCACUGUUAGCAUUUUUAGGACGAAACUUUGCGAAGUGUUUUGUUUGUAAACAAUGAACUCUGUUAAAAAGAGUAAUAAAUAAUAUAUUCUUUGCAAUGAACCUAUAAAGUCAAAACAAUGAAGUUAAUUGAGUGCUAUUAAUCGAUUUAUAUAGGAUGCUGAGACUUGGACUCUGAGAGAAAGUGAGAAAAAUAAUGUACACGCUCUAGAAAUGAGUUGAAGAAGAAUGCUUGCAUAUCCUGGACACAGUCUCACUCCUCCAAGAACUGGGGAUCAAACAGCAUCUUUCUUCCAGCAUCCAAUGUCUUCUUACACACACUUUCUUUGGACGUACCAGAGAAAGAGACGAUAAGUCCAUAGAGCGACAUAAACUCACUACCUACGAUAUUUAAUACCAUACCAUGUUUUAGAUUUCUGCGACAUCUUGCAUGUUGUUGUAUCCAAUGUGUUGGGAUCUGUGUUCCAGGGCCUAUGUGUGUGGUUUAGUUAAGUUUGCUGGUUAUUAAGCAAAAAGGAAUCGAAUUUCAUUUUUAAAAUUAUGAUUAUGGCGAACGAACUCUUUCGUCAUCGCUCAUAGGAUAUUUGGAAUAUGCCCUAUAACUGCAGACUCCAAUAUUGCAAAAAGCACCUGCAAUACAGUGGAAUAAUAUAUUGGUGUGCUGAAGAAAAGAUGGCAAAGGCUUUUAGCUGAUAGGACAUUGUACUGAUGACCCUGUUAUCUGGUCAAAUCAUAAAUGUGUGUGUAUUAUCAAAAUAUUUGCAUAGAUUGUGAAAUGCUGAUGAUAUUUGAAAAUAAAAGAAUACUUACUUCGCUGA